GAAAACCUCUUCGGAUAAAAAUUGAAAAAGCGGCAAGAAUGGCAGACACUGAAGCAAUCCUUCCUCUCUGCCACGCUUCAACACCCAAUCUUCUACAGAAGAGGAUGACGACGACGCUGCAUUCUCAUUGAUUACAACCACCAUCAUCGCCAACAUGCUCUUGCAAACGACGCCGUUUCACCCCCACCCUCAUCUCCACAUCCGAAAACGCUUCCAUUUUCCCAGAAAUCCAUCAGUUCCUCUUCGCAUUUCCGCUUCUCAAAACGGAGACAAAGAGGAUUUCAUCACCAGGGUUUUGAAGCAAAACCCCAGCCAAGUAGAACCCAAGUUCCUAAUCGGCCAAACUCUCUAUACCCAGAAGCAGAAGGACGAAGCUUUCAAUAAAAGUCGACAAAAUCGAUGGAAUUGGCUAAGGUUGAAGCUGAGGAAGGGGGAGAAAAAUGGGGUUUUGGAGAAUGAGGAGGUGGGUUCUGAAGCUGUGUUUCUGAAGGAUAUUCUGAGGGAGCAUAAGGGGAAAUUGUACGUGCCGGAGCAGAUAUUUGGGACGAGGUUGUCGGAGGAGGAGGAGUUUGAUCGGGACUUGGAGUCGUUGCCGGUGAUGAGUUUGGAGGAGUUUCGGAAAGCGGUUGAAAAUGAUAAGGUUAAGGUGGUGAUUUCCAAGGAUGAGAGUUAUGGUUUUGGGAAUUUCAUUGUAGAGCUCAAGGAAAUUCCUGGUGACAAGAGCUUGCAGAGGACCAAAUGGGCGAUGAAGCUGGAUGAGGAUCAAGCAUACGAGGCUAUGGCGGGGUACACCGGCCCUCGAUAUGAAAUAGAGAGGACGACCAAGUCUUGGGUGGGGAAAUUGCCCGAAUUCCCUCAUCCGGUCGCAUCUUCCAUAUCUAGUAGAAUGAUGGUAGAGCUUGGAAUGGUAACAGCUGUAAUGGCUGCUGCUGCAGUUGUUGUUGGAGGAUUCCUUGCCUCAGCAGUAUUUGCUGUAACCAGUUUCAUAUUUGCAACAGCUGUAUAUGUUGUAUGGCCUUUAGUCAAACCAUUUUUAAGGCUUUUCACUGGUAUCAUCUCUGGAAUUUUAGAGAGAGUUUGGGACAAUGUCAUUGAUGUUUUUAGUGAUGGGGGAGUUUUCUCCAAGUUGAAUGAAAUUUACACUUUUGGUGGUAUAUCUGCCAGUCUUGAGAUGCUGAAGCCAAUCAUGCUGGUCUUUUUGACUAUGGUCCUUCUUGUCCGUUUCACCCUUUCUAGAAGACCUAAGAAUUUCAGGAAAUGGGAUAUAUGGCAAGGCAUUGAAUUUUCACAAUCUAAAGCACAAGCUCGUGUUGAUGGUUCAACAGGAGUCAAAUUUAGUGACGUUGCAGGGAUUGAGGAAGCAGUUGAAGAACUCCAAGAGCUGGUGAGGUACCUGAAGAACCCAGAACUAUUUGAUAAAAUGGGAAUAAAGCCUCCACAUGGGGUCCUUCUAGAGGGCCCUCCUGGAUGUGGCAAGACAUUGGUUGCCAAGGCCAUAGCUGGCGAAGCUGGUGUUCCAUUUUACCAGAUGGCUGGGUCAGAGUUUGUUGAAGUUUUAGUUGGUGUUGGUUCUGCUCGAAUCAGAGAUCUAUUUAAGAGAGCCAAGGUCAACAAACCUUCAGUUAUCUUCAUUGAUGAAAUUGAUGCAUUGGCAACUAGGCGUCAAGGUAUUUUCAGUGAAUCCACGGACCACCUGUACAAUGCAGCUACUCAGGAAAGGGAAACCACAUUGAAUCAACUCCUGAUUGAACUUGAUGGGUUUGAUACCGGCAAAGGUGUUAUAUUUUUGGGUGCUACAAAUCGUAUGGAUUUGUUGGAUCCGGCACUUCUUCGACCUGGCCGGUUCGACCGGAAGAUAAGAAUUCGACCUCCUAAUGCAAAAGGGAGAUUGGACAUUUUGAAAGUUCAUGCUCGCAAAGUGAAACUGGCAGAAUCUGUUGAUUUGUCCACUUAUGCGCAAAACUUACCUGGAUGGACAGGAGCAAGGUUGGCACAGCUGCUCCAAGAGGCUGCUCUUGUGGCUGUAAGGAAAGGACAUGAAGCGAUUCUUCAGUCAGAUGUGGAUGAGGCAGUCGAUCGACUUACAGUAGGACCCAAACGUGUUGGUAUUGAGUUGGGCCAUCAGGGACAAUGUCGUAGAGCUACUACUGAAGUGGGAACUGCAAUUACUUCUCAUCUGCUAAGGCGAUAUGAAAGUGCAAAAGUUGAACGAUGUGACCGUAUUUCAGUCAUCCCUCGUGGCCAGACGUUGUCUCAAGUUGUAUUUGAUCGACUUGAUGAUGAGUCAUACAUGUUUGAGCGCCGACCACAAUUGCUGCAUCGCCUUCAGGUGUUACUUGGAGGGAGGGCUGCCGAAGAGGUCAUUUAUGGGCGUGAUACUUCGAGGGCAUCAGUUGACUACCUUGCAGAUGCCUCUUGGCUUGCUCGUAAAAUUUUAACCAUAUGGAAUUUAGAGAACCCAAUGGUUAUACAUGGAGAACCACCUCCCUGGAGAAAGAAAGUUAAAUUUGUGGGCCCUAGGCUGGACUUUGAAGGAUCGCUUUAUGAUGACUAUGGCCUGAUUGAACCUCCAGUCAACUUCAAUUUGGAUGAUCAAGUUGCUCAAAGGACUGAAGAGCUUAUAAGUGACAUGUAUGGAAAAACGCUUACUCUGCUUAGGAGGCAUCAUGCAGCAUUGCUCAAAACUGUGAAGGUUCUAGUGGAACAGAAGGAGAUCAGUGGGGAAGAAAUUGACUUCAUUCUCAAUAACUAUCCUCCACAAACACCUGUGAGUUGUCUUUUAGAGGAGGAGAAUCCAGGGAGUCUUCCAUUUGGUAGACAAGAACAGAUGCUGAAGUUGGAGGACACGCUGCUAACUCCAUCAAAGGGCUUCUUGUGAUAUCCUUAGAGGACACAACUAUCUGGAUCUUAACACAGCACGGAGUCUGGACUACAAGCGGGCACUUUCAGCAUAGAAAGUGGCAUUCCAUGACCCAGAAUAUGAGGGGUGCACAGCUCCAAUUGAUACAAGCCUAUUCAUUGCUCUGUCAAAGAAAAUCUGGUUAAGAAAAAUCGCAGAUGUAAUUGUUUUGUUUGGGUGAUGGCCUUUUGGCAUAAUUCAAUUUUUUUUUGGGUAUGCAAAUGCUUGCAACAGGAGAAGCAUUGAGGACUGGUGCAGAGUUAGAGAUGAGACGUGUAUGGGAAAUUUUUGUUGUAUUUAUUGGUAAUUACUUACUGAUCACUAGUUUUUUUGAUGUAAGAUUGAAUUUGUAAUUUAUUAUACUUUGUUUUUGGUUUAAAAUAAGACAAUUGUUCAUUAGUGACCUU